AAUAUUGUGUCUGGGUUUUGUCCUUGUUGAGGCUGCAUCCUGCCCCUUGGUGGAAGGUCUGUACCUGCAGGAAGCAGACAGCAUGCUGCAGCUGCUGUGUGUUCCCUCCCAGCACCGCACCGACAUACUGGCAUGGAUCUGCAGCAGUAUCAGUCCAAAUUUUGCCAAUUCCAAGGUGAUGACAAUGGGAUCUAAAGACCCAGAUGUCUUGACUAAAGAAAUGGCUGUGUUUGGGCAGAAGCUGAUGCUGUGCAAAGCAGGUGACCUCGACCUGAUCAGGGGUGAUGCAAGUCAUCGUCGACAACUUCUGUUCCUGGAGCAGCUUUUAACUCUAGUCCCAGGCUGCAAGAAAUCUGCUGGGCACAGAGUGGAUAAAGAGAUGCUUCUGAACGAGCUCUAUGCUGCUGAGAAUCUGCCUCACCUCACACAAAUGCUCAAACCCACCCUCGAGCCCUGGCCUGCACACAUCAAGUACAUAGAAUUUACUGUCACUGACUAUCCUCACAAUCAGAAACAGGUUUAUGUCAAGUAGGUUUU